GAAUGUGAAUGGUAACAAUAUCGAAGGUUCCUUUCCUGAUUGCUCUGCUAAUGGAACUUCAUCACUUGAGUGGUUUGACAUAUCUGAUAAUUAUGUCAAUGGUUAUCUUCCAGAAACUAUUGGGAGAGAUGCUACCACUGGACUCGAACAUGACAAUGCUGAAGUUCUUAAAUCUUAGUGGCAAUCACUUGGAAGGAUUCAUCUCACCCACCAUAGCAAACAGUCCGUCUUUGGCAAUCCUAGAUAUUCGAGGCAAUGACUUGUCUGGUAAUAUUCCAAAGUGGUUAUAUGAUCAUCCUCGCUUGGUAGCUGUUCUUUUAAGUGGAAAUCGCUUUGAAGGUCACCUACCCAGACGAAUGUGUCAAAUGGAAAGACUACAAGUUUUUGAUGUCUCUCAUAAUCGUCUUUCAGGAGGUAUUCCUUCCUGCCUUGGUAACAUUACUUUUUGGAAGCAGAGAUCUCCAAGCCCUACUUAUUCCAACUAUUUCACAGAAAAUGGCCGUCUCAAUUACGUGUUGCAUGAAAGUGAAAUGAACUUUGGCUUUGCCCGGCAAAUUGAAAUGUCUUUGUUCAUAAAAAACAGGUUAUAUACUUUCAAAGGCAUCCCUCUCUUGCUGAUGACCGUAAUUGACCUGUCAUCUAACCAGUUGACAGGUAGCAUUCCUUCUGAAAUGGGAGAACUGUCACAGCUUCGGUUCUUGAACUUGUCGAAGAAUUCUCUAACAGGUUCCAUUCCAAUCUCUUUUCGAAACUUGAGAAGCAUGGAGAGUUUGGAUCUUUCUCACAACAAGUUGACAGGGAGAAUCCCUUCUGAAUUGGUUGGACUCACUUCUCUAUCUGUAUUUAGUGUUGCCUACAAUAAUCUGUCAGGAAGAAUCCCAUUUGAGCGUCAAUUCUCAACUUUCACAAGCCAACACUACGAGGGUAAUCCGGAACUCUGUGGAGACCCCUUGCCAAGAAACUGCUCAACCGCAAACCAACUAGAACCUGAACAUAAAGAGCAACAAAAGGACGAAAAAGAGGGAAAUAGAAUAAUUGAUCACCCUUUCUUCUUCUACGCAUUUGUAACUAUGUCCUAUGCACUCGGGUUUUGGACUUUCUUUGGGAUCCUAAUCAUUAAAAAGAACUGGAGGCACAACUAUUUCAGAGCCGUGGAUGGAUAUAUUGAGUCUUUGUUUGAGCAACUCUCUAAGUACAGGUGAUUCACAUAUCAAUUAAGUAUGCAGUGUAAGCAAUUUUACGAAAUAUCUGUAUUUCAAAGUAUUGCUUAUCUUCAAUAAAGAUUUAGCAUUUUUGGCUU